GCCGGUUGUCUGCUAAUAUACUCAUGUUCUGUUUAGGAUAGCCUAUCACGCGUUCCGUAUGCGAUCUACGUACCGUCAACUUUCGAUCCGGAUGCGUAUGUCGAGCAGCAAUCCGAGAUCCUCCGCGAAGCUGAGCGGGCACUGAAGGCAGAUGGUGUGCCGGUGCUUUCGGACCUGAGACGCGGCGGGCUGUGGGUUUUCCACAUUUACGGGAUUGCUGGCGCGCAGAGCCCGGGGGUCUCUACGGAUGUAGAUGGCUCCGGUAAAGGAAAGAUGGCGGCAUCGACGGCGCAGGAAAAAGAUGAGCGUUGGUUGCAGCUCGAGAAGCGGUUGAAGGAGGAAUGGGGGCUGCAAGAGUUUUCCGCUGGCGUCUUCCACGCAUCGUCACUCACACCUCGCUUUUCGGAUUCCGCCGUCAAGGCUGGAAGCAGCAACCAUUCCGACCCAACUAGUCGUCUUCCAUCCGCGGCAGUUACCCCGAGUAUUCAUUCUGGCACGCCUGGCGCUGGUUCCAAGAACGAGGGACCAGUCAUGAUCGACCUCACCCUGGAUGAUCCCGCAGAAUCAAUGGAUGUGGUCAAGGAGCCAGAUCGGCUCAAGGAGCAGCUAUUCAUAUACGGCAACAUCAUCACCGCCGUCCUAGCCGCAGUUUCAUUCGGCUUAGCAUUCCGGGAAGGCUUCACCCCAUUGAACGCCCGAACACUCGUGUCGCCGACAUCCCUACCAUGCAUAAAGGAACACAAGAGUCGAAUGGAGAGGAUGGGGAGGAUGGAGCUUCUCGCCGCCCAGCCUGUCACUGAGCCGGAAUUGACCCCACCAUUGGUUCUAGAAUUAAAUGCAUAUAUGACCUCGUUGGGAACUCUGGUGGUCAUUCCAUACUCGGAGAAGCAGAGCGCCAUCCGAAGACUCGUCACUUGUGGUCUCACACGGGAUUCCCUGCGCUGCCGAGAGGUGUUUGUGGCACCCUGGGGCGAAUGGGGCCGGCUCCUUCCAGUUUACGGUGGAGAAAUCGAGGAACCCGAAGUCAAGAAAGCCGAGGAGAAUUGGAAAGACAAGGUACUGUCGUAUCUGAAGGACCGCGGCAUAAUCUCACCCUUCCCGCUCGAAGACACCGAGAAGACUGUGCUACAGGAAGCGAUAGAAAAAGAUAAGUGGCCGUAUGUGGAGAUCCGGAUUCCCUCGUUGACGGAUCCGUUGAUGGGCUACAUCCACCACGUGCUUUGGCCCGAGGCCUUGCUUUUCCUGCGCGCUUCCGAAGGCGAUAAGAAACUGUUUGUUGCGGCCAAGGAGCACCUUCCCUCGUUGGAUUUCAACGAUCCGGAAUAUUCUCGACUGGCUUGGGGGAAGCUGGCAACUUUGAAGAGCACACUUGAUCGGGGUGCGGAAUUACCGAAGAUUACGGAGAAGGACACUGGUGCGGAAUGGUGGGAUGUGCAGAGUGCGGUGCAGUGGGGCCAUGAGUGGUUCAAGGGGCGAGAUUUGAGGGCGGAGAAGAUCAAAGAACACCUUGAGAUGAAGGAGAGGAGAGAGCAAGCCGAAACGGACAUGUCUAAGGAGGACAGGACUGCCGAGAUCAAGGAAGGAAAACUCCCCGAGCCCAAGCCGGAACCGGAUGGUUUAUCGCCGGCAGGUUCAACCGCUACAGCGGGUCCUGCCAGUGAACCGCCAACCAGUGCUGCUGCAACUACUGAUGCCGAUCCAUCCACCACUACCACCACUGCCACCACCACCCUCGGAACCAGCGGAACAAUGGACCAUGACUGGCCAGGCGAACCAGCACCUCCGAAUAAUGACCAUAUGGUUCCCCAACGAGAGACGGACCUGUUUGGAGAGGGAAUGGAGGAUAUGGACCAAUUCAUGAAAGUCACUGAGGAUGAUUUCGAUUUCUUCGACAAUCCCGACUUCGAAGGCGGGAACGAUGCUGGUGGCAUGGACCUUGAUGGCGGGGAUCUGCAGGGUGUCGGUGGCCUAAUGCACAUGGAGGGUGGGGACACGGAUUUGCGCAUGGGGACACCACCACCAACCGACCGAUUUCUUAUGGGGAAGACUAAACGGGAUAAAAAACGAUCAAGAUUAAAUGACCCGUCGGCAGUGAAGGAGAUUCCCUCAACGUCGGUCGAAACACAAAGUGUCACACCGCCGCUAAGUCCGCAUCAUGCGAUCGGAUUAUUAGUUCCAGGAUAUCAACCGCCAUCUACUGAGACGCCGUCCUUCUCAGGGGACUUCAAGAAACCGGCGGCCCCUGCUGCCUCGAUUACCCCAGUCACUCCCGUCAACCAGCAACGACGAUCCUCGCUAUAUUCACCUAUCCUGUUCACGGAAAGCGUGGAAAUGGCGGACCAAAAGUAUGCACCAGGCGGAAGAUUCUUCCUUCCCGAUACGAAAGGAGACGAACAGGAAUUUGAUGCCACAAAGAUCAACAAGCCACGGAGUAUUAAACACAAGAGGCGAAAACUGGAAAGUGCACCUUCAGAACUGGCCGUAACGAUCACACCCGCGGAUGACGACUUUUCCAGUGGCGGAGAAUCUGACGACGACCUGUCGAGCGAUGAGGACUCGGAGAGCGACGCCGAUGAUACCACGGAGGACGAAGACGAGGAAUCGUACCACACUUCACCUGGACGAACUGCUCCACUGCUGCCUGGGUUUCUGAACUUCGGGAAGAAGCCAAAAUUGGCACAGGACAGUGGUGAGAUGGAUGUCGAUACGCCCGAAGGGUCGAGACAACAGCGAGAUGGUACUAUUGGUGCGGAUGGAGAGGUGGAGGUAAUCCAGGACUUGGCGCCGCCGCCGUGGAACCAUAUGCAACCGGGAGCCUUUGAUGAGUCGAUAGUGGGUGUGUUCGAACACAAGGUGCUGACUAGUGAUGCCAUGACAUUGCUGUCCCUGGGUGAAGGUGAGUUUCUCGAGGUCGCCGCGAUGGUGGCGGAUCACAUGGUCGGGUGGAUGCACGCAUCGUGGCGAGGGAAGAACGAAACCUACCGUGACGACGAGGAGGACGCAGAAACCAGUCUGAUUCGACGGCGAUGCAGCCAGGAUCAGGAUCUUGUCGAAGAUGCUCUCAAAGUCCUGUUCAAGGAAGAGGCCGUGGUGCGGUGCAAUCUGGAAACAUAUGCGGCUAUCGCGGAUUCGAUACCAGAACCACCGCCGAUACCACCUCCACCGCCUCUCGCACCGUUCGGCCGCGGACAUCAGGGGAUAAAGCCAAAUAUCUCGCAGCGACGGAACAAGGAUCCGGAGGAUGAGGAGGAUAGUAAGCCCUGGGAUAUCUUUCACGUUCCGCCGCCGCAUGUCCGGAUGCAACGUGGGGAAAACGUGCUGGAGAUGCUGCCACCGGCGCUGCACUUCUGGGAUACCUUCAGUCUUGCACCUAUUUCUGGUUCCAAGAGUGUGAUCUCCUUCUGCCUUCAUCCCGCGUCGAGCGCGAUGAAAGAAGGCGCCGAUUUCCUGCUGGAACAAGUUAGCUCCUCAUAUGAGGCCGGGCGAUUCGGCGUUCACAUCAGGGGUGAAAUCGAAGGAAUGGUUGAGGGCGGCCUUGUGGCUGUAGAGAUACCCCAGGAGGCACCGCGAACCUACGAACUCGGCAUGAAGGCGAUCCAGGGCCAUCUUGAAGGAUUCGGACAAGCGCUUGCACAUGCUGUUGGCGACGAGGGGGUGAACAUAGUGAUCUACGUCAUCAAUCCGUUUGAUCACCCAUCGUCACUCGUCGAUAUCUGCACUAGCUUCAUCCGCAUGCAGCGGCUGUACGAGGCCAGCAUCGCUACGUUUCCGGAUGCUCUGCCGAAUCAACUGGUAUUGCAGGUUGUGCCUGCUGGAUUUGUGGCACAUAAACUCGGUGCUGUCAUGAGGGUGGGCGUUGCUCAUCGUUUGGCGGUGGAGGUCUACUCGCGGUGCAUUCCUACGGACCCGGACCUGGGCUUCGAAGAAGCGAAGCGCCUGACCUCGCUUCCAAUUCAGGUGGCCCGGCCUAUCCCCAAGAACAUCGAGUUUCGGCAGACGUCCGAUCCUAGUCCGGCAUUGCUCAAGGAGAACCAAUUACUACAUAUCGCCUAUUCGCAGAGCACAGAUGAGCGAUGGGUAGCAGCAGCGUGGAGCGAUAACACCGGGUCGGUCCAGAAAACGGCGAUCAUCAACCUCGCGCGGCGAAGCACCGCCGGCUUUCUCCGCCCUUUCGAGGAAGUCAUGCACGAGAUCUGGGAUACAACUGUCGAACUCAUCAAGUACCCCGCCGUCAAAUGGCGCCUAUGCUUCACCAAAGUCUGCAGCACCACCAUGCCCGAGGACGAGAUAGAGACGUGGCAGACGCUCGUUGAGACGCACGAGCGAGUGUCCGCCAUCUACCUGCUCGCUGCAGACAUCUCUUCUCCGCUGCGGAUCCAAGACUUCUCCCCCGAAGAGGUGCUCGAUCCCAAAGACGAUCCGUCCCUCCCAGAAAACCAACACAUCAAUUCUGCGACCGGUAACACCUCCACCCCACCCAUCGGCGCCAUGUCCACGCCCGCCGGCAACAUCUCAACGCCCCCAGUAUUCGGCAACAUAUCCACACCCCCGGUCGUCACCACCCCGGGGCCCUCGUCGAUGCUCUCGCCCGAGGCAUCAGCCAACACGCCCGGCGGUCCCGACCCAUCCAACGACCUCGACCCGGACGCAGUACUUAUCGACGCGGUCGACGAGAGCUGGGGGGUAGUGCUCGCGCACACUCUGCGCCCGCGCGGCGAGCUAGAGAAAAAACUCAAGUACCGACCCACGGGGCUGCUACUGCGGCACGACGGCGGCGCCGAGGGCGACGGCUGGAGCGUUGUUGUCGCUGUAUCUGCUGUCGAGGGGAACGCGGCGGUGCUUAGGGAGGUGAUUGAGGUCUGGCGCGGACUGGGCGUGCUGGGACAGUUCGUCGCCGGAAGCGCUGGCGUGCCUACUCUGCUCUUGUGGUGUGCCGGCAUCAAUAGGCUCGCGAGGAUCAUGUAGUAUGGUGUAUGUAUGUACUGCGCGUUUUGCAUUGUGUGGGUUGUGUGUUGCGUGGCUGGGGCUGUGUAGGAUGGAUGGUUGGUUGGUUGGCGCGCGAUGGGGGACUGGACUGGCGUUUUGUACUCU